CAUAUGAAUGGCCAAAAAAGAUGGCCGCCUUGAUUCCGAGGUACACUCUACAAGCAGCAAGAAAGCAGACAACAUGCAUCGCAACUAUUGCGGUUCAGACAAAUCAUUACUCAUCACAACCAGAAAUCAUCAAAAAGCCCACUACAGCUUCUUUGAAGAGAGGCACAGGUGGUCGUAGUUCCUUCAAUGGGAUAGUAUGCACUCUGUUUGGUGCAAAUGGAUUUGUUGGACGCUAUGUGUGCAAUCGCCUUGGCAAGAUUGGUACUCAGUUAAUAAUACCGUAUAGAGGUGAUAUGUAUGAUUGCAUGCCUCUGAAGCUCUCCGGAGAUUUAGGACAAGUCUUGUUUCAUCCGUUUCACUUGCGUGACAACGAAUCGAUAAGAAAAUGUAUCAAGUACUCCAAUGUUGUUGUCAAUCUAAUUGGACGAGAUUGGGAAACUAAGAACUUCUCUUUUCAUGAGGUGCAUGUUGAGGGAGCCAGGAGACUUGCUAGAUUAUGCAAGGAAGCUAAUGUUCAGCAUUUUAUCCAUGUGUCUGCAUUAAAUGUGGGCGACGAGUUUGAGUCACAUGUAUUGAAAGGUGGUUCUAAAUUUCUUCGUUCAAAAUGGGAAGGCGAGUGUGCAGUGCGAGAAGAGUUUCCUGAAGCUACAAUUAUUCGGCCGUCAGAUAUAUGGGGUCAAGAGGAUCGAUAUUUAAAUAUGUAUUCCGGCAUGUGGAGACACCAUUUCAAGGGUGUACCGUUAUGGGAAAAGGGUGAAAAAACAGAAAAACAGCCAAUAGCUGUAUACGAUAUUGCUGCUGGUAUUAGAGCUAUUGCAAGAGAUCCUAAAAACACAGCUGGCAAAACUUACCAGUUUGUUGGACCGAAACGUUAUAAACUAUCUGAAUUACUUGAUUGGUUCCAUCGAAUACGGAUACGCGAUCCAGUCGAAGAUGGCUACAGACGAAUAAACUUGAAAUACGCUCCACUUUUCCAGCUUAAAGUUAUUUUGAACGAAUACAUAUCUCCUGCGUAUCCACUCGGACAUUUGCAGUGGGAAUAUUUGGAAAGGGAAGCUAUAUCUGAUGCAGUAUCAAAUAAAUUGCCAACUCUAGAAGAUCUUGGCGUUACGCUAACGACAAUGGAAUCACGAGUACACUGGGAGUUGAAACCGCAUUGUAAGGAUGUACAAUAUAUGGAGAGUGUUGGCGAGUUCGAUCCUGUUCCGGAUCCACCAACAGUUCCAAUUCAUUAAUUCUUUCUAAUAAUAUGCUAGAUUAUUAUAAUAUAUAUAGAAAAUGAAAUAUGUACUCUUACUGUUAAUACUUGCUGUAAGGAGUAUGUUGUAAAUUAAAUAUCGCGGUCUCACAAA